AUUCAUUCGUCACCUGCUCACAACAGAGACAUACAGAAACACCACCUACGUCACUAAUAUAAAUGAGGUAUGUGUAUGAUUCUCGUGAUUGUCUAUCCGACGAUGUCACCCUCCGAUGAGAUCCCAUGAGUUAUGUUUCUCCCUUUUUCUCUCAUCCAUUGUGUUAUUGCAUCGUUGUACGCAUAAGAUAGGAGGCCAGGAUGGGAAAAAUAAAAGUCUUUUACUUGCAGGUUUUUCGAGACGGAUCCAACAUUCGGGGCUUCAGCCACAAAAGCGAACUGGCAAAUGGCGUCAACUCGACAAGGCGCAAUACAAUUCACUAUAUCAAUAUCAACUAUACAAGUAUUUAUGUACUUAUAACCUGUCAGCCCAAUAGGCUACGCUACAAAGUCAGCACAGAGAUGAGAAUAAGACGAGCAAGUUGGCAAAACUGCACCACCAGCCAUCAUUCCUUAUAAUCUUGAUUCUAUCCCACGAUAUCUUGAAAAUAUCAAGUAUUAAUGGGUAUCAUCAAAACGGCUAUUAUUAUGCACCCAAUGCAAAAUUUUAAACACUUUAUUAAAGAAUACGAAUAGUUACAUACGGCAAUGUCCACGGUAUAAUUGUACUGUAUGCUACUGUAUGCAUGCAUUAGGGGCAUUAGGGGUACCGCCUGAACGGCUUUGUUCGUUGGCGUCCUCAGCUCCUAUUAGCUUGAAACUACGCCCCAUAUUUUCCCCCAGGGCCUUACGUGUACGUGAGUACAAAUUUGACAAAUUUACUCUAUGGGUUGUUUGUAUCGUAUAGUUCGGCGCAUACUAUUCCUAUCAAGUCAAAUCAAAU